AUGUCGCUCGAGAAAACAGCUACAAUUGCAGCCAAUCCAUCCACCACUCGAGGAUUGUCAGUUCAUCUCUCCUAUGACCCAAGAACAAACAGAAUCACAUAUGCGAGUGGUAAAAGCAUCUUCCUCCGCUCCGUGGAAGAUCCUUCCAAGUGUACGCAGUACACAGGGCACAAGGCUGCAACCACAGUGGCGACAUUCUCGCCCUCCGGCUACUAUGUGGCCUCUGGAGAUGAAAGCGGAAUUGUGAGAGUCUGGGAUUGUGCAUCAGACGACCUGAUUCUCAAAGGGGAGUACCCGAUAUUGAGCGGCCGCAUAAACGCAAUUGCCUGGGAUGCAGACUCAAAGCGGAUUAUUGCCGUUGGAGACGGAAAGGAGAGAUAUGGCCACUGCUUCACGUACGAUUCUGGAAAUACCGUCGGCGAGAUUUCUGGACACACAUCACAGGUCAAUGCCGUUGCCAUCAGGCCCUGCCGGCCAUACCGGGCUGCCACGGUGUCUGACGAUGCUGGCCUGGUGUUCUACCAGGGCCCACCUUUCAAGUUUGUCCAGUCUGUCCGCGGUAAGCACACGAAUUUCGUCCGGGAUGUAAAAUUCUCUCCUUCGGGUGGCCACGUUGUUUCUGUCGGUGCAGACCGCAGCAUCGUCUUGUACGAGGGCAAAACGGGGCAGUUCGAAAGGCAGAUCAGCAACGCCCAUGAUGGUGGCAUCUUUGCGGUCGAUUGGUGCGACGAAAAGUCGUUUGUCACGUGUUCUGCCGACUCUACUGUCCGUCUUUGGUCCGUUGACUCCCCGGAAAAGCCCGAGAAAACCUGGAAAAUGAGUGGUAAAACCACUGCAAACCAACUUCUCGGUGUUGUCCGGACCAAGGACUAUGUCAUAGUGCUAAACCUCUCGGGCGAUCUCUACUACUUUGACGAUUCCUCCGAAUCAGCCGUGAAAACCGUCUUUGCACACCAAAAAUCCAUCACCGCACUCUCUGUGCUUGCAGAUCGGGUAUUCACCGGCAGUUACGACGGACGGAUCCUCGCAUGGGACUCGCAGGGCAAGCAGGGAAAGCUUGUGCGGGGAGAUGAUGCCCACACCAACUUGGUUGUCGGUAUCUGCCCGGUUGCAAAGGACAGACUCGUCUCGGCCGCUUGGGACGAUACAGUUGCGUCAAUCGACGCGUCGGCACUGCACGUCUCUCGCCUCGCCUCCUUGGAGGAGCAGCCGAUCCAGAUUGCCGCCUCUGAGGGUUUCUUUGCCGUUAUUACAGAGUCCAAGGUUGCCGUUUACAGCUCGGAUGGAAAAAUCGUAUGCGAGCUAAAGCUAGCUUUUACUCCAAGUGCUGUUGCCAUCUCGAAGAGCUAUGUUGUGGUUUCGGACUCUGCAACAUUCAAGUCUCACGUGUACGACAAAAACCUUAAGCCUGCAUCUGGUAAGGACUUGAAGCCUAUGAGAGGCAAGCCUUCUUUUGCGAAAAUAUCGCCCGACGAGAAUUUCCUUGCUGUUGGAGAUUCGAACGGAAAGAUCUUCUGCUAUAAUCUUUCAUCUGGUGAGCUCGUGACCUCCAGGUGGGCAUUUCACACCUCCAGAAUCACGUCUAUAUCCUGGAAUGAGGACAAUGAUCACGUCAUCGCCUCGUCCUUGGAUACUAAUUUGAUCGUGUACUCAGUUUCCAAGCCGGUGAGAAAUGUCAAGGCUAUGAAUACGCAUAAAGAGGGUGUUAGUGGUGUCGAGUGGAUAGGACCAAAUCGCGCUGUUAGUGUUGGUGCCGAUGCCUGCUUGAAGUUCUGGGAUGUUGUCUUCAAAUAG